UUUUUUUUGUCUACAAUAUCGUGUUUCACGGCACUAGAUCAUUUAUACCUAAAAUUCUUGGUAUCAUGUACCCAAUGUACUCUUGAUCUCAUAAUGCCGUGAAAUUCUUGAAUUUUAAGAUUUUCUCCAUACAUAUGUGCUUCCCAUGCCAUCCAUAUAUAUGUUUGAGAAGCUCUUACCAUUUAAUAACAUAUGGAGCCAAAAAUGGCAAAAUAUGAAGUAACUAGUAGUCUAUCUGUUAUGAUCUUCUUUUUCAUGAAAUGGUGUUUAGGUCACAAGAUUUGGUUGUGGAGGCUACUCUUUGGGUAUAGGCACAAGCCACUCUUUGUUUGAUGGGCCAGCAGCAUAUGAUUUCUUACGUGAAUGGGCCUCUCAAUCUAAUAUGAAAAUGAAAGCAAACCAAGCUCUUGAAUUGCAUAAACCAGUGCAUGAAAGAGGGAGAUUGUUAAUGGCUAGUAAUCAUCAAGCCCCAAUAGAAGAAACUAAAAAAUCGAAUCCAACAAUAAGGGUUGCCGCCAUAGAUCAUCUAUAUCAGUUGAUAAAAGAGGCGGCUCGUGAUCAUGGUCAGAGUGAUCAUGAAAAUUAUGUUCUUACAACUUUUCAUCUAAGUGGUGCAAUGAUACAAAAUUUGAAGCAGCAUGUCUUUGGUGACAAGAGAGGAAGGUUUUCUUCCUUUGAGGUUGUUGCAGCUCAUCUUUGGAAGGCAAGGACAAAGGCUCUAGGACUGAACAAAGACACAGCAGUGUGCUUGCAAUUUGCAGUGGACACAAGGAACAAAAUGGUUCCACCACUCCCAAAAGGUUUCAGUGGCAAUGCCUAUGUGCUUGCCUCUGUUGCUUCCACAUUUAGAGAACUAGAAGAACAAAGCCAUGAAACAGUAGCUGAGAAGAUCAAGGAAGCAAAGAACUCAGUCACCGACGACUACAUCAAUGCGUAUAUCGAGGCACUCGAAGGAGGAGGAGGAGGACAGACUACUCUCCCUCCCUUGAAGGAGCUCACACUUGUUUCUGAUUGGAGAAGAGUUCCAUUUCACAAGAUUGAUUUUCUUGGUGGUUCUGAAGAAGAUUAUGAAGUUGGUAUUGCAACCCCUUUGGUUCCUCCACUCCCACAGGUUGCUUACUUGAUGGAGAAUCCUCAUGAAACUAGUGGCAUUGAUGUGAGGAUUGGUUUGAUCCCAACAAUGCAAACUGUUUUCUCAAACUAUUUUCUCAGGAAUAUUGUGUAAUAGACUCAAAUAAUGCCAUUUGAAUUUCUCUCUUUUUAA